AUGGCACAGGCUCAUGACUGGGAAUAUUUCUAUUCCAACCAGCUCAAGAAGUCAUGCUGGGACCGGCCGACAGAGAUUACGCCAGAGGAGGUCGAGAAGCUACCGGGCGCGCAUCUGCUCCACGGGGCUGUGACUUCUCAAGGUCUUGGAGGAGCCACUGAGAAAGUCAGGGCGAGUCAUCUCUUGGUCAAACAUGCCCAAAGUAGAAGACCAGCUAGUUGGAAAGAGGCAAACAUCACCCGCACCAAGGAAGAAGCGAUCGAGAUCUUGAAAGGAUAUCAAUCGAAGCUGAGCGAGAUCGGCGACAAGGCCGAAUUAGCCGAACAAUUCGCCGAGUUGGCGUCCGCUCAUUCCGAUUGUUCGUCGCAUGCUAACGGGGGUGAUCUGGGCCUUUUCGGAAGAGGGCAGAUGCAAAAACCGUUCGAGGACGCUACUUAUGCCCUCGGUAUCCAUGAAUUGUCUCCUAUUGUUGACACUGAAAGCGGCGUUCAUUUGAUCUUAAGAACCGCUUGA